CUAGCGGUAUGGACGGUCGUGCGUGUGAUAACAAGUAGGUUCCCUCACCAAGUACAUGUACACGUACCAUGUGUGUACACAUGGAAUCACACCGAUCGCGUUGUUUUGGAAGGAUGUGUAAAAAAGCGUAGUGUGAUAUCAACGUUUUCGAGAGUUAUACACAAGGGUUGAUUGUUUCUUGUGUUGUGUUCAAUAAAGACAUGGCGUACAGUGCCAGAAUGGCCAAUAGUGGCCUGGACCCUGGUCAGAGAGCUCGUACUAUGUCUUCAUUCCUGUAUCAGCUAUCUGCAAGGGAUAGGGAGUUGGACUUAGUUCAUCUGGAUCAUUGCUACUCUAAGUCUUGGAAUGCCCAUCCAGAUGCAAGCCAUGCUAAACCAGCAAGGAUGUUGUUUGUUCCUAGAACUCUAAGGUUACGAUCUGACAGGCACAAUGUCGUAGAGCCGGAUGUACGAGUUGAUGUGUUGACCCCAUUCCAGGCCAAUGCUGUACCAUAUGACAGUGGCCGAGCGCACUCUGUUAUGAAUGAAUGUGAGAGACAUGUCAACUUUGCUCGUUCCAGCACAGCUGAGGAACAUUCUGAUGAAGAAUGGGAGAAAAACUUGACGAGAAUUGGAUGGACCAGCCACCAAAACAAAUUGUUUGAUAAGAUUAUCAAGCAUCUGCAGUCAGACCGGUUAGCACGAUUAGCGUACGAAGGGAAUCCUAAUGAGCCAGUUUUAAGAAGAAUUCAUCUUGAUAAAUGCGCUAAGAAAGUACGCAGAACUCUAGCCUCCAUUGGUUGGGAUGGCAAGUUAACACAGUGGUUACACAGCGUUCUGAUAGAUAGCUUAAGUUCAUCUCUCCUGUCCAUUUAUCUGGAUGUUUUACAGACUCUUAAAUCAAAGGUGCCUGGCUUGAUUGAUAAAAUGAUAAGUCUGUCCACAUCCUCAAGUCGGUGUACUGCAGCAAGUUCUGAGGCUUUGAUGCUGCUCCUCAAGAGACCAUGGGAUCCUGCUGUGGGUGUAUUGAGUCAACAUAAACCCAAAAAGCUACCCGGUUCCCCUCUCCUUGUGAUAACCCCAAACAGUCCCUCGUUCCCGUCUGCUCCAACUGCCCGCCGUGUCCGUUUCUGGAAUGCCCAACUAGCCAACCUUGGUAAGGUGAUUCCAGUCACUAUGCACACUGUGAGUGGAGGGAGUGGCGUCAGUGUUGCUCAAAGCCUAGAGCACAUGGUGGGCGCUGUUCGCACUAAAGUCAUGGAGCUGAAGAGUCACUUUCCAAACCGCCAGAUUGUUCUUGUAGGUUGGUCUGUUGGAGCUCUCAUUGCAUGCCAUGUUUCAUUGGUUGAGCAUGUAACAGCGGUUGUGUGUCUUGGCUUUCCUGUCACUGGUAUCAAUGGAGCACGAGGGGGAGUUGAUGAGCCACUUCUAGACAGCAAAACCCCGACCCUCUUUGUUACCGGCCAGGAGUCGAGCGUCUGUACACAAGAUGAUAUUGAGAAUCUAAGGGAGCAUAUGAGAGCUGAGACUGGCUUGGUGGUGGUUGGAGGAGCAGAUGAACAUCUUAGGAUGUCUAAGAUGAAGAAGAAGAUGGAAGGAGUGACUCAGAGUAUGGUGGAUAGAUGCAUUCAGGAUGAAAUCAGUGACUUCCUUUGCACCGUUCUCACCACAUCAGUUUCGGAAAGUUUUGAUCGAUCUGAAUUUGAUGUUGACCAUCGUAAGAAGAAAGAGAAGGAUAAAGACCGUAAGAAACGAGUCCAUCGAGAUUUAUCCUUGGAGCUGAAAGGACGUAAGACUCCUCCAGCUGGUCGGGGAAGACGUAGCAGUCUGCCGACAACCCCUGGCGAAAAUCUUGCCAAGCCAGGGAAACUCUCUCAAGUCAACCCAGGAUCUAGUUUCAGUGAGCAGUAUGCGCGCUACAUGGCCACCAUGGCUAUAAGUAAGAGGGAAUCCAAGCUGGACUCAAUACUGAAAAAAGAAGGAGGGGAAGGGAACCAGACUAAAGCGGGUAAGACUGCAACUCCUAGUUCAUACAAACGAAAAAGAAGUAAGAGCCCAAACACUCUCAAGCGCAAACAGAUGAAACUAUCUUCUCUAGUUGCCAUGGCAAAUUUACCAUCCAACCCACCCCAAGAGAAACUAGGAGCUGCUCCAAGUGAACCUUCUGGGCUUUCGGUAGAAGCGUCUGAUUUACCUUCGUCAACGUCUUCAUUAGUGACAACAUCGUUAUCGCUGACUGCAACAUCCCCCCAGCUUUCUGAUCUCUUACAGAAAUCAAUGAGCAAAACAGGAAUGAUUAGCAGUAAGAGUAAUCCAGCCACUCCAUCCAGCAUUGGAGAAAUGCCUCUUACCGUGACAUCUUCUGGAACUAUGGUCAGCCCAUCAGUCUCCAUGGCCCUAUCUGUUGGUGCUGAGGGAACUGCAAAAACUAGCAUGACGUUUGCUCAGCUACAACAGUUGGGACUACUUUCAUCUCACAUGGCACCGAGCACACUUCUCCAGGGAUUGAACUUCAACAUCCAAAGAGGUUCCACAAAGCUGUCUGUCUCUGAUCGGUCUGCAUCAACAACUCUUGAAGGCUAUAAGAUGAAUUCCAGAGUAUCUACAGCCUCAUCCACAGGAACAAAACACAAACCACCGAGGGCGCCCUCAACACAGAAAGCCCCGACGACUACGAGUACAAACCCAAAGCCUCCACUCUCUGCUAGUGGCACAGCUACGUCAUUAGAGCAGAGUUUAAACACAAGUCAGCUUCAAGCAGCUGUGCAACAGGCUGCUAUGGCAAUUGCUGGCAAAAUGCUUUCCAAUUAUGGCCAAACUACAAGUUCUUCGGAAGCUGUUAGCAGUGCUCCAUCAAAUGCAAAACAAGUGGCUUCAAUUGCAGGUCUCCUCAAUAUUCCACAGCUUGUGUCAGCCGCUUUGAAAAGUGUUCCGCCUGCAACAUCUGAUGUUCCAGGACGCGUCACUCUGAAGGCUCUUGAAAGCCUUGCUCAAGGGAAACUUGAAACCACGUCUGGUAGUCUGGAUCCUGGACUCUCCUUAGCCCAAAUGGUUUCACCAGACGUUGCAUUACAAGGUCUCUUUGCUGCUCAGGGUGGUCCUACAAGAGUCAAACCAAAAAUGACUACAACUGCAACGUCUGGCCCUGACAAAAAGAUGAACAUUGAUAAGGAACAUGAACAAGCAAUUCAAAAGCUUCAGUUUCAUGACUUUCCACUCACCACCGUGUCAUUAACUUCCUCAUCACGCAUACCAGGUACAGUCACCAAAGCUAAAAUUCUGAAAGAUCUUGAAAAGGGAAACAUGUCUGGCAUACCAUUGACAACACUGAGUAAGUCUGUAGCAGGGCCCCAUCAAGCCAAGCCACAGCUGGUCACGGCACAAGUAUCUGCUUCAGCAAUGUUCAACCAGAAUUCCAGCUCCUCUUCUUUUGUGUCGACGGGGAUUUCUUCAAGCCUGCACAGUCUUCAGAAAGUUCAGCUCAUUGACAGCAUAGCUAGUCCCAAGACAGACUCCAAGCAAGCAGCAGGAUCCACCAAGACAACCUUUUCCUCACUGGGUAAAAGUCUCAUGAGUUCUCAUUUGCCAUCUAGCACUACUAUCUCAGUUCGCUCUCUUCAAGCAAACCAAAGUACUUCCAAAACUGCAGGCUCUAGUAUAUUUGGAAAAGGGGUGUCCCAGUUCUCCACCUUAGGUAGCAAACCCGUAUCUACCACAGCAGCAAACAUAGACCUUUCUGUAAAGUCUACAACUGACAAAGUAAUAACUAGUAAACAACACGUUCCACAUGUCCAGCUAGCAAGAGUGAAGCUACCAGUGGGAAGAGGAGCAUCCUUCGGAGAUAGAUCUGGAAGGUCUACAUUUACGGGUCGAGCCUCACCUAUCGUCAUCCAGUCAGACCCUUGUAAUAUCAAGAAACCAGAGAGUCAAUCCUCAGCAUUUAAACCAGCUCCAGUAACCAAAGUUAUCUCUGUUAGCAAACCAGACGUUAAACCUUCUCCAAAUCCAAUCAUACUGGCUGAGGUCAAAGCAAUCGGCAGACAAACCUCCUUAAAUACAAGUCUAAAAGUUGGCAGUACCCUCCCUAGUCCAAAACUACAGGCACCUGUGGUCACUGAUGCCACAUCUCAACAAACAAAAACUGCUACCAAGGUUUUGGAUCCGGUUUCCAUGGAUACAGAAAGCAAGAUGAAACCACAGACCUCAUCAUCAUCAUCUUCAUCUACAUCAAGUUUUGAUGAUGAGAGUUCUAAGACAAUAAAACCGCAUGAGUCUUCAUCCUCAGCUAAGAUAGAUGUAGGGCCAGGUGGUGAUGCAGGACCAGGUGGUGAUGCAGGCCCAGGCAGUGACGUAGGACCAGGCAGUGACGUUGGAGCAAGCGGUGAUGCAGUCCCAGGUGGUGAUGCAGGCCCAGAUGGUUUUGCAGGCCUAGAUGGUGAUGCAGGCCCAGGUGGUGAUGCAGGCCCAGGUGGUGAUGCAGGCCCAGGUGGUGAUGCAGGACCAGGUGGUGAUGCAGGCCCAGGUGGUGAUGCAGGCCCAGGUGGUGAUGCAGGCCCAGGUGGUGAUGCAGGCCCAGGUGGUGAUGCAGGCCCAGGUGGUGAUGCAGGCCCAGGUGGUGAUGGAGACUGUGAUGAUAAAGGAACUCUCCACCCUUCUGUGUACACGUCGACUCGGACCAGAAGAGUUCGUACUCCAAGGCAGUAUUCUGACUAUUUUGAGUGAUCAAAGGUUCCUGUUGAAUAAUUCAUGAAGCUGCAGAUGACGUAAGAUAAUAUCACUGAAGUUCACCAAGGUAUCGAACCAUUUGGAAAGGGCGACCUCAACGUCUACUCUAACUUGUCAUGGCGAAUGAUGGCGCACCUUGCUUCACCGGGUCGCCGUCUGUACUCAGUUUGAGGACUACCGCAGCUGCUGUCCGGGACAUCCUGUUAAAUAUUGUUUUUCGCACGCAGGGGAUACACAUUUUCUGUAAUCAAUUUGAGCAUUUUAUAGGAUGUAAAAAUCAAAACUGCAAUGAUCUAAAACACUUGCCGUUAUUUGAAAAACAAAAUCUCUCACAGAAUGCCCAAUCAAAUUGUUAAAGGUCUGCACUCCUAAUUAUGACAUAAAGUGUUGCCCGAUCUUCAACAUUGAAAUGUGAAACAGUUUACACGCGUUAAAAAGUGUUUACAUUAUUGGGACGUAUCCCGAGUUGUGUGAAAGGUGUGGGGUUUGGGGGGGGGGGGGGG